GUUUUGCAAGCAGGGAAAGAACAGCUGAAAAUAACUGGAGAUGACUCCAUGCCCAUAAUGAAGAAUCUGACCUUGGUGGUGGUACGGCCUUUCUCUGUCUGCAAACACCUGGCUUCGAAGCUAUGUGAACAACAAGAGGGACAGAAAACAAGAUUUUUUGUUCAGAUGUGCAAACCAGAAUGAGGAAGCAAUAAACUGCGGCAAGAGAGGCUGAGAUAGCAUCAAGGGGCUUCUCAAAGUGUGGCUCUCCUGCACUGGAAAAUGGUGCCUAAGGGUUUAAAGAAGAUGCUGAGUACUCUCGGGGCUCUGCUUUUGUUCUCUUCUGCUGUCACAUCCACCACCUCCCAUUUUGUUAUUCAUUACACAAGUUCUGGUGGAAUAUGCCAAAAUGCUUGCGGGUAUCAUGGCUAUGACUACACCUGGUGUAACCAAAGUGGGGGUAAUGGAAAAAAAUGGGACUACUGUUCACUGGAAAAAGGAUUAGGAGCUUCAGGCCAACCCUGUUCCUCAUCCUGUGCACACUGGGGGGCUUCCUACCGCAGCUGCUACUUUGACAAUGGUAAGUGGCACUACUGUGGAUUGAUAGUCCAGCGGGAGCACCUUGAAUAUUCCCAGGAAAACAACUUGUGUUUAGAUAACUGCAGACUAGAUGCAACUGUAGGUUAUUUCCAGUGUAGCACACCCUAUGGUCUUCAGCGCUGUUCUCCGUUCCAUGAUAUAACUCCCACAGGUUUGCCUUGCCACUCUAAUUACCGGUGUGCCAAAUAUGGGUACAGUGUAUACCGAUGCCAUACAGAUGAUAGUGAAGACAAAUGGGAUCACUGUGGGCAAAAGCACAUGAAUGCGUGUGGUGUGUGGAUCCACCUUGAGAACAGAACUUCCCUGGUGGAGAUGUGCACACUUCCUUAUUCCCACAAGAAGAGCAAAAUCAUUUUCCACAGAGAGAGGCGAAAGGACCUGUUCCCCUUUGUCAAGGAGCAUGUCAAAAUGGCUGUACAUUUAAUUGAUGCAAUCUCUUCCACCACAAGCUUCCAUGACUCUAUGGAUCUGGAACCUGUGCACUUCUACAAGCAAGAAAGCAUCUUCUGUAAGGGACUCAAUUAUACCAACCUGGAAUUGUGGGUAAACAUUUCUAACUCCACCUCUGUGCCCAUUGCUCAUGUCAUCUUCCCAGACAUCCUGAAAACUGUUGAAGUCUUGCGUUUAGCAUUUUACACAAGCCUUCACAGCACUUUCUAUCAACCGGCUUAUACUAUUGUUGUUUCUGUUGGUGAACCAAUGUUAUGUCCCCCUGACCUGUGAUUUUCCAAGUUCUUUAUGCUCAUCAGUUUUGCAGAGUUGUUUUUAUACAAUGCCAUCCCUGCAGUGUUAACUUAGGGACAUUCUUACUUCCUUUUUCUUAUUGCAGUAUUACAGUUGUAUAAAUCUUGCUGUUCGUUCGCAUAGGCCAAAUCUGAGAUGACUUCUGAUAGCAGAGAAAUUAGUAACUAUUGCCAGUAACCUUAUUUGUACUCAGAAAAGAGCAUACCAUAUACAUAAUAAACUGUUGGGGUUUUUUUGGGGGGGAGGGGUAAGUGGGUCGGGGCUACACUUUGUAAUCUGAGAGAAUAAAAAUAUGGCAUUUAUGAAAUUAAU